AUGACUAUAAUAGUAUUUUUAAUAGAUACAUCAGCUUCUAUGCUGCAAAGGACCUACAUAGGGGGUCGUACGACUCUUCUGGAUGUAGCGAAAUCUGCAGUAGAAACUUUUGUAAAAAUUCGUCAAAGAAGUAUGGAUAGCAGGAAUGAUAGGUAUAUGCUUUUAACAUUUGAAGAUACCCCAACCAAUAUAAAAGCAGGAUGGAAAGAAAAUUUAGCUACAUUUAUGAAUGAAUUGAAGAAUUUGCAAGCAUAUUCUUUGACGACAAUGGGGCUGGCAGUAAAGCAGGCUUUUGAUAUUUUAAAUAUUAAUAGAAUGACUUCAGGGAUAGAUACAUAUGGACAGGGAAGAUGCCCAUUUUAUUUGGAAACUGCUGUAAUUGUGUUAAUUACAGAUGGGGGAAAGUUAACUACAGUAAAUGGUGUUCAGGAAGAAUUUAAUUUACCAAUGAAUUCACCCAUCCCAGGAUCAGAAAUGACCAGAGAACCUUUUAGAUGGGAUCAAAGAUUAUUUGCUCUAGUACUUAGGUUGACAGGUACCCCUGCCGUAGAAAGAGACACAGGAUUGGUGCCUAGUGAUAGCAGCCCAAUAGAUGCAAUGUGUGAAGUAACUGGAGGUCGUUCGUAUUGUAUAACAUCUCAUAGGAUGUUGAAUCAAUGUAUUGAUAGCUUAGUUCAAAAGGUACAAAAUGGUGUUGUGAUUAACUUUGAAAAGAUAGGUCCAGAUCCUCCUCCACCCCAGUAUGAUAAAGAAGAGGGUAAGGAUGAUAUUCUUAAAGAAAAUGAAUAUGCCGAAAUGAAUAAUGAUCGAGGUCUGAAUAUGCCUAUAAAUACAUCAUGGCACAAUUGUCGGAAGAUGAUAUAUGUUCCAAAAGCAAGUAAAGCGUAUUGUAUUGGGUAUUGGCCCAUCCCGGAAUCAUUUUGGCCAGAAGCUACAGCAUCAGCACUGCCUCCUAGAUCAGCUCAUCCUAACAUAAAAUUCGCUUGUACAAACUCUGAGCCUUUAGUGAUUGAAAAUCUACCAUUCGAUAAAUAUGAAUUGGAACCUUCGCCCCUCACGCAGUUUAUUUUAUCACGGAAACAGCCUAAAACUUGUUGGCAGGUUUUUGUUGCCAACAGUUACAAAAAUUCGGAGGUUGGACAUCCAUUUGGAUAUCUUAAAGCAAGUACAAAUUUAACAUGUGUGAACCUUUUUGUAAUGCCUUACAAUUAUCCCGUAUUGUUGCCCUUAUUAGAUGAACUUUUUAAGAUUCAUAGAUGGAAACCAACAAAUGAGUGGAGGACGCAGUUUCAAAAUUAUACCAGAACUUUGCCUGCUUAUUAUGCUGGACCUCUAAGAAGGGCUCUUACAAGAAUGGGCACGCCAGUAGCUUUAGCUCAAACAUUAAUCCCGGAAAAUUCCGAAAAUGGCUUGAGCUAUUCCAUAUCAAAUUACCUGAAACGAUUAAAAAAUCAGGCCAAAUUGGAAUAUGAUAAAAUGUGUAACGAGAUUAUUCAAAGACAAAUAAAUAUGAACGGAUUGAAAACAAAUUUCAAUAAUCCUGAACAGAUACGGGUAUUGCCCAAAGUGACCUUAAAAAAAGAGUUAGUGAGCCAUCCUUUAUUAGUGGAUAAGUUUAUUGCUCAAAGAGAUCAAAUUCUCGAACAAAGCAAUGUAUGGAUAUGCACGUUAGAUAAAGAAAGGCAAAGUGUCAGUUUUAAAAAUCCGUUUGACAUACCUAGAAAUCGGUUGAUUCAACAGGUUGUUCGUAUGAGAAACAACUUUCUCCAAUCCGAUUGGAUAUCUUUGGAUCAAGAUAGUGCCCAUUCCCUACCUAUCUCACAGAUGGGUAACUACCAGGAGUAUUUGAAGAAGCAGACGCCUCAACUACGAGAAAUCGAGUAUGCCCCGGUCAGGCAGCAUAUGUUUGGAAAUCCGUUUAAGAUCGACAAGAGGAUGAUGGUAGACGAAGCUGAUAUUGAUCUGGUUGGAUCACCUGCAGGUGCCGGUAGAAACAAUAAACGUCCAAAUCCUUCUAGUGAUAACAUUAUGAGAAUACUACCGUGUAAAAGAAAACCCGGACCACUGCCCAAGAAUUUUAAAUUUUCUAGACCGAGUUCGGAUUCUUCGCAACCUCCAAGUCCUCAAGGCUCCCCCGUGCCUUCACCGAUACCUUGGUUGAACUCGAUAGAAAAAGAAAUGCCCCGUUUCGACGAACCUCCUAGUCUGAUCAACGGUCUGGAGCCGAGUCCAUCAUCCAGUCCAAUCAGCGAGCGUUCAAGGUCGCCAUCACCGACAAAUAUCACCCCCGAACAACCGUCGUACAGCGUAGGAGAAUUAAGUUUCAAUUUGCGUAAUACUGCAAACAAUUACAGUUACACCAGUGCGGGUACCUUGGAGACUACAACCACCAACUCUCUAGGCGACUUCUAUAAUAUUUCUCCGACGGACGAUAAACAAAUUUCGCAAAUUUUGAAAGAGGCUAAUUUGAAUCACAAUAGUUUUGGAUCAUUUAAUUCGUUCACUAAUAUUAUUAAUAAUAACAUGAUGACCGAAAAACCAUAUAAAGCGGAAGAAGAAGAUGCAGAAAACGAAAAGGAAAUCGAGAAUCAAAACUUCGAAAUACGUCAAAAUUUGAAUAAACUAGUGCGUAAGCCGGGCAAAAACUUUACCGAACUUUUCGAUAACAUAAAAACGUUAAAAGGUGAUAUCGAUAAACAAGUUAAGGUGGUGAGAAUGAUAAUAAAAGAGUCAUUGCGUUUCAAAAGGCAAAAUCUAGCUAAUUUACUGGAAGAACACAUUCGGACUAUAGUUAAUGAUACGAAAUGA